AUGAACGCGGACACCAAGGUAUUUCCGUCCUCGGAAACAAUGAGUAGCGAGGGGCCCCCUUCACUUUCAGCAGCGGAUGUUGUGGCGGCGUCUGGGAAGGCUGCCAAUUGUAUGCAGUUCCCUUCGCCUGUGUACUUCACGCGGUGGUUGGACGACCGCUAUGCCGUUGUUGGAGCGGGAGGAGGAGGCAGGCGGUUUGGUAUGGCCAAUUUGCUCGCCAUUGUUUCCGUUAGCACCCUCCAGGGCCCCGAUGAGGAUUCAAUAAAGGCAAAGCGGGAGGACCAAUUGCCCUCGAGGCCGUGGAGUUUUGUCACAGCCAUUGACUUGGAAGGGGAUAUACCUUGGUGCGCAUCGUCCUUUUUGAUGUGCAAUGACAAAACCAAGUUGUCGGAGGGUGUAUUGGGCUAUCUGGCGAUUAGUCACAUUACGUGCUUUACGCUGAUUGAUGUGUGGAGGGACCCUGAAACAAAGGGCCUCACUUUAAGGCGACAGGCCCGUGUUAGUGUUCCCGCUGACCCCAAGAACCCAGACAAGAAGCCUAUUGCAAUCGUCCAAGGUGCUGUCGUUGUUGCCCACGAUGAGGAAGGGAUUUUGGUGUAUGAGCUUUCUUCUUUACUACGGAAGCCGCUAUCAACUGGCAGUGGCGAACUCAGUGGUAAUGAAGGUACGUGCGGGGGCAGCACACCUGAUUAUAAGCAAUCAUCGCCGGGAAUAUCGCCUUCACUAGUGGAGAGCGUAGAACCCCUCGCCAGCUGGUCGCUUCCAGCUCGUGUCAAUGAUCUUCACGCCAACCGUUUCUUUGUGCCCAAAAAAAGUAAAACCAAGGACGGGGCGAAAGGGUACCAGCGAUACUCCGAUUAUCUAAUCAUCGCAGUUCUUGUGCAGGACAAAACGCUUCGAUUGUCCGCCAUGAAGUUGCAAAUACACGAAAGAUUGGUCUCGACCACGGCAUCUGAGCUGGCCGCUUCCAUCGGCGGUGGGGUUGACUGGAGCAGCAGGCGGAGCGAGAGCAGACGUGUUGGUACGAGGCUUGAUGAUUUUUGUGUGCUCACUGGAAAGGAUUGCCGUAUUCCUUUUUCGUUGAUGAAAUCGUCAAUGCGAAUAGUGCAGUUGUUUGGGGUUGAAAACGUCAAGCCCUGUGUAGCCAGUGAAUUGUGGAGACGGGCCCGUCGCCUACAUUGCGAGGAGGGUGUGCGCGGGGAGAUGCUAGUGGCUAGGAUUGUUCUCGUUGUCUUCAAUGUCAUGAGCAACCAGUCGUACAUGCUGUCGGCUCGGGUGGUUAGCACAUCUUCCCCUUGCGAUGAUGUUGCUGCAACAAACGCUUCUGAACUCCCUUGUGGUGUCGUUGAUGAGUCAUGUGCUGCGAACGACGUGGGGAGAACCAGGCGAAGGAGGCUCGCGUUGCGCGUGUACUUCUCACCCGAACCAUCACCUGUGGUGAAUGAUGGCGUUACUUCCAUCAGCCCCUGCUAUUAUUGUAGGGAGAGCUCAGACGGGGCUGCUAUGCGAGGGGAGGGAGUUGGAACCGCCAUCCCCCACAACUGGCUCGUUGGAACAGUCGACGGGGCGCUUGCAGCCGUUUCAUAUAGUGAUAACGGUAGCUUUCAAACGCGAACACUCCGUCCACCAAAGGAGCGGCGAGGGGCCAAGUGGCUACCAGCGUUGCACCGUGAGCCCAUCUCUUCCGUCGCUGUUUCGUCACUAAAUGAUGUAUUGACCGCAGAUAUUGCGCAGAACGUCGUGGUUUCUGCUCUACCAUUCCAUGAAUGCCGAGAUCAAUCAACUGUUGUAUCGUAUGGUAACGGUGAAAAUAGUCGGCGCUCGUGCCGCGCUGUGGAGAGGGCAAGCGAUCUUUCCACGAGCAGCGGGUUUGGGAGUGGUGUGGUGCGUUGCAACGCGGAAGAGACGUUGGCUCUGCCGAAGAACAAGAGUUUGUUGUUGUUUCCCGCACCACAAGGAGGAAUGUGGCUGAUGUGGUUGAAGAGUAAACCACUUAUCACUAUUCACUUGGUAGCUGCCAUCGUCGUCGUGCCAUUAAUGGGUGUACUCUUCGCCUUCUUACUGCGUCGCUAG